AUGCAGUUUGUUUAUUUGCCCCUGUGUCUAGCCCUAAUAUCCAUCAUCUUCUUGCGCUAUUAUGAGCACCGACGGUACAAGAACCUCCCUCCAGGGCCUCCCCGUCUUCCUCUAAUAGGGAACCUCCACCAGGCGCCCGACAAAGUGCCCUGGCGCACCUACGAGCAAUGGACCAAGAAAUACGGACCAAUAUUUAGUCUCCAAUACGGUCUUAGUACGGUUAUUAUGCUGGGUACCUACAAGUCUGCACGAGAUCUACUUGAGAAGCGGAGCAACAUCUACAGCGGCAGGCCGCGAUUUGUCAUGGCUGAUGAUAAUGUCUCCAAGGGACGUCAUAUUAUGCUGAUGACCUAUGGUCCGAAGUGGCGAACUCAUACCAAGAUCCAGGCCUCUGUCUUGAACAUCCGUGUGUCUCAGACAUAUAAACCUGUGCAGGAUGUAGAAAGCAAGCAACUGCUUUGUGAAUUUCUGUCGGACAAUGACUUUGCCAAACUCUACCGCCGUUAUACAGCAUCUGUGAUGUUUUCCCUCGCAUACGGUAAAAGAAGUCUCACCGGGAGUGAGCCCGAAAUCCUAGGCGCCGACGCCGUCAAUGCGAACUUCCUCUUUGCGGGAUGGGUAGGGACCUGGAUCGUCGACGCCAUCCCAAUCUUGAAUUAUCUUCCACAGCCACUUGCUCCAUGGAAAAAGACAGCAGAGAAAUUCUUCAGACUCGAAUCCAGCUUGCAUAUGGCCAACAUGAGCAACGCGGCAAAGACGCCAUCAUGGAAUAUGACGAAACAGAUCCGUUCGACGAAGGAAUCCAAGGAAGUGCCUGACUUGGACAUUGCCUAUAACGUCGGCAUCAUUUAUGAAGCCGGGCUAGAUACCACCAAAAUCGCGUUACUUGUAUUCACCCUUGCAGCCGCCACACAGCCUCGCUUUAUCCAAGUUGCGCAAGCGGAACUCGACAGGGUAGUCGGCCCCGCGCGGUUACCUAGUUUCGAAGACCAAGCUUCCUUACCCUAUAUCAACGCUGUGGUUAAAGAGGUUCUCCGCUGGCGACCAGUCAGCGCAGGAGGUAUCCCCCACGCUGUGAUGCAGGAAGACCAAUACAUGGGAUAUCGUAUUCCCAAGGGCGCCACAGUGAUAGGAAACCAUUGGUCCAUCCACAUGGACGAAUCUAUAUUCCCUCAGCCCAUGAGCUUUAGACCGGAACGGUGGCUCGAAAACCCGGACUUGCCGUUGUACGCGUUUGGGUUCGGUCGGAGAGCAUGCAUUGGGCAACACAUCAGCAACAACAGCCUGUUCAUCAUCAUCUCGCGAGUUCUCUGGGCGUUUGAGAUCAAGAAAGGCCUCGAUGAGCAAGGGCAAGAAGUCGAGAUCGAUGACAUGGCGUUCACCAGCGGGUUCAAUUCGCAACCCGAGCCGUUUGCGGUCAGGUUUAUUCCGAGGUCGCUGAAGGCGGUCGAGGUCGUCAAGAGGGAGUUUGACGAUGUCGAAAAGGAUAUCGACGUGAUAAUGAAGCGGAUACAGGAGGCACAGGGAAGGGUGUUCUAA